UCUCGAUUCUUGACCCAUAACCCAAAUCAGGUGGGAGGGAAGAAAAGAACACACACGUUAAGGAAUCAUACCAAGCAAAAACAAUAACAAGAAAACAAAAGAACUGCAAUAGUUUUGAUUUCCACAUCAAAGAAAGCCAGAGAGACAGAUAGAGAGGAGCUUAUUCUCUUCUUCAGAAAAUAUUUCCUCUUGUUGAAGAGUUUAAGCUUCUCAAUUGUUUUCAUUUCCUUUUUUGCUUAUUGGGUUAUUGAUAUAAAUCAACUUUAGAAGGUACCCAAGAAGGAAAAGGGAAAGGGAAGUUUUAAUUUCCCCCUUCUUUGGGUUCUGCAAUUUGAAUGAUUGUUGCUGAAGGCUGUAGAAGUAGAUCGAGGAGCAACCCAAGUUUCUGAUCUGAUCAAUCUCGGUGACAAUGGUAUACUUUAUGACUCUUGUUUUCAGUUUUUAUCUCCUUUUUGUUUUGAUUGUGGGGAAUUUUAAGGCCUUGUUUGUUGAAAAUGAUGUUUAAUUCUUAUUUCUCGUGGUUGUUGUUUUACUUCGUUGGUUGACUGAUCUGUGCUUAACUUGGAGCUAUAAGUAUGCCAGUUUCAUAUUGCCCUUUUCUUUCCUUUGUGCUUAGAUGAUGUGAUCUAGUUGAUAUAUUUGGACCUGGUGUGUUUUUGUGGAUAUGCCUUUCUUAGUUUUUAAAGUAGCAGUACAGAAUUGAACUUCUAUGUUUACUAUUCUGAUCUAAGCUUUUUAUGGAACAAUGAAAUUGGAAUGUUUGGACCUAAGUUUUUGUUCCAGACAGAUUAUCCUUUAUCAUUCCUCCAUCUGUGAGUUACCGAUGAUAGUCUAGUUGUAGUGUUUGCUCCCAUCCAGUAUUGAUCAACAGUUUAUGAUUGUAGCUUAAAUAGGCAACAAAGCUGAAUUCAGUUAUGUUAUAUUGCAUAGUAAAAUAGUCUUGCAUUUGAAGCAUGCAAUGAAACUGGAGAUAUUUUAUGUUUAUGAUAUGUGUUAAUGACCGGCAAAUGAAAUAUCUAAAUCUUUAUAGUCAAUGCUUUAAUUUUUUGUUAAUCAUAUGUGCAUCUAAUGUUUUGAUACAGGAACUGAAAUUCUCUGCUUUUCUAUAUUAUGAUAUGUAAGAAAUUUGGGAAUGUUGGCACAUUUGCUCCCAAUUCUGCAUAUAUAUGAAGCGAAUGGUUAUGUAUAUGGUUGAUACAAAUUAAAGCAUUGGCCAUGACUCUAUUGUGACUUGAGGGAAAUCCAACCAAAUCUGGUUGGUCAUGUGAAUGGUUUUGCACCUCUUAUAAAACUUUUUCAUUUUUCUGUGAUUUCAAAAUCAUGACCAAAGUUAUUGAAAAUUGCUUCCUCCAUUCAAAAAAACUCUAAAAGUUUGUCAAUUCAGAUGGCUGCUCAAAUAAACUGACUGAUUAAAUUGAAAAUAUUCAUGAUUAAUUGACUGAGUAGGUUUGGAAAUAUUGCAUAGAGAACAUUUGGCAGCACCAUAUUCUUAUUACCUUUUUUUGGCUACUUGUUUUCUUGCUUAUAAAACAUUUCUCAUCACUGCAUUUCCUUUUACUAACCUCUUCUCUGUUGGUGAAGAGGGUCUCUUCAUUUUUUUGGUCAUGAUUGUUAUGCUGCUAUGUUUCUGGUGGAACAGUUCCUGGAGUCUUACAUUACUCCCAAGUUGUGACAUAAUUUUCUAUUUCAAUAAUUGACAUGGAUAACUGCAAGUCAUAUAUGUGUUACAAAAUGAAAAAUUGCACUGAAGCAAAAACCCUAAACACUAUGGGUUUGCAGGCUGCUGGUGUUGGUCUGGUCGUUGGAUCUCAUGUUUGGUUGGAAGAUCCUGUUGAAGCUUGGGUUGAUGGUGAAGUUGUGGAAAUUAAAGGUGGUGACAUUAAGGUCCUCUGCACAUCGGGAAAGACAGUUGUUGUUAAAGCUUCGAAUGUUUAUGCUAAAGACACUGAAGCCCCACCAUGUGGAGUGGAUGAUAUGACAAAACUGGCUUAUUUGCAUGAACCAGGAGUCUUGCAGAAUUUAAGAUCAAGAUAUGAUAUGAACGAAAUUUAUACUUACACAGGGAAUAUAUUAAUUGCUGUGAAUCCUUUUAGAAAGUUGCCGCAUCUCUAUGAUAGUCAUAUGAUGGCACAGUAUAAAGGGGCAGCCUUUGGUGAGCUGAGUCCACAUCCCUUUGCUGUUGCAGAUGCUGCAUACAGGCUAAUGAUCAAUGAUGGAGUAAGUCAGUCAAUUUUAGUUAGUGGUGAAAGUGGGGCUGGUAAAACAGAAAGCACAAAAUUGCUUAUGCGUUAUCUUGCCUACAUGGGAGGGAGAGCUGCUGCUGAGGGGAGAACUGUUGAGCAGCAAGUCUUGGAGUCGAAUCCUGUUUUAGAAGCAUUCGGCAAUGCCAAGACUGUCAGAAACAAUAACUCUAGUCGUUUUGGUAAGUUUGUGGAGAUCCAGUUUGAUCAGAGUGGAAGGAUUUCAGGAGCUGCUAUCAGAACUUAUUUGCUAGAAAGAUCACGUGUGUGUCAGGUUUCUGAUCCUGAAAGAAAUUAUCACUGCUUCUACAUGCUUUGCGCUGCACCAUCAGAGGAUCUUCAGAGAUACAAAUUGGGAAACCCAAGAUCAUUUCACUAUCUAAAUCAAUCUAAUUGCUAUGAAUUGGAUGGUGUUGAUGAUUCUAAAGAGUAUCUUGAAACAAGGAGGGCAAUGGAAAUUGUUGGAAUAAGUUCUGAUGAGCAGGAUGCCAUAUUUCGAGUGGUGGCUGCAAUCCUGCAUCUUGGAAAUAUUGAAUUUGCAAAAGGGAAGGAAAUAGACUCAUCCAUGCCUAAAGAUGAAAAAUCUCGGUUUCAUCUAAAAACUGCUGCUGAGCUGUUAAUGUGUGAUGUGAGGGCACUAGAAGACUCUCUCUGCAAACGUGUAAUUGUAACUCGUGAUGAAACCAUUACAAAAUGUUUGGAUCCAGCAUCUGCUGCUGUUAGUAGAGAUGCAUUAGCUAAAAUUGUGUACUCAAGGUUGUUUGAUUGGCUUGUUGAUAACAUUAAUAGUUCAAUUGGUCAAGACCCUGAGUCAAAGUUCUUGAUCGGUGUGCUGGAUAUUUAUGGAUUUGAAAGUUUCAAGACAAACAGUUUUGAGCAAUUUUGCAUCAACUUGACAAAUGAGAAACUUCAGCAACAUUUUAAUCAGCAUGUCUUCAAAAUGGAGCAAGAAGAGUAUACAAAAGAAGAAAUUGACUGGAGCUACAUUGAUUUUGUGGACAAUAAAGAUGUUCUGGAUCUGAUAGAAAAGAAACCUGGUGGUAUAAUUGCUCUACUAGAUGAAGCCUGCAUGUUUCCAAGGUCAACACAUGAAACUUUUGCUCAGAAGUUGUACCAGACAUUUAAAAAUCAUAAACGGUUCAGCAAGCCAAAAUUAGCUCGAAGUGACUUCACAAUUUGUCAUUAUGCUGGUGAUGUUACAUAUCAAACUGAACUAUUUCUGGACAAGAACAAAGACUAUGUUGUUGCUGAACAUCAGGCACUCUUAAAUGCUUCCAAAUGUUCCUUUGUCUCGGGAUUGUUUCCUCCUUUAGCUGAAGAAUCAUCUAAACAGUCAAAGUUCUCUUCAAUAGGUUCUCGAUUUAAGCAACAACUGCAAGCAUUGCUUGAAACUCUCAAUGCAACUGAGCCACAUUACAUUCGCUGUGUAAAGCCCAACAAUCUUCUUAAGCCAGCAAUUUUUGAGAAUAAAAAUGUUCUCCAACAAUUACGAUGUGGGGGAGUUAUGGAAGCAAUUAGGAUUAGUUGUGCAGGAUACCCUACUAGAAGGUCAUUUGUUGAAUUUGUAGAUCGUUUUAGCAUCCUUGCACCAGACGUUUUGGAUGAGAGUUCUAAUGAGGUUACUGCUUGCAAGAGCCUUCUGGAGAAAGUUGGACUUAAAGGCUAUCAGAUUGGUAAAACAAAGGUAUUCCUUAGGGCUGGUCAAAUGGCAGAACUGGAUGCUCGUAGGAGUGAGGUGUUAGGAAGAUCAGCAAGCAUUAUUCAGAGGAAAGUGCGGUCUUAUUUGUCUCGUAGAAGUUUUAUCAUGGCACGUCGGUCUGCAAUACAGAUUCAAGCAGCAUGCAGAGGACAACUUGCUCGGCAAGUUUACGAGAACAUGAGGAGAGAGGCUGCUUCCCUAAGGAUCCAAAGAUGUUUGCGAAUGUAUUUUGCUAGGAAAGUGUAUACAGAAUUGCGUUGCUCUGCUAUUUCUAUUCAAACAGGUAUGCGGGGUAUGGCUGCUAGGAAUGACUUACGCUUCAGAAGGCAGACUAAAGCAGCAAUUGUAAUUCAGAGCCAAUGUCGCAAAUACUUGGCCCGGUUGCACUAUAUGGAGUUAAAGAAAGCAGCAAUUGUGACACAAUGUGCAUGGAGAGGGAGAGUUGCUCGUAAGGAACUGCGGAAACUUAAAAUGGCUGCAAGGGAAACUGGUGCCCUUCAAGCUGCCAAAAACAAGUUGGAAAAGCAGGUUGAAGAAUUGACAUGGAGACUUCAGCUGGAGAAACGCAUGAGGGCUGAUAUGGAAGAAGCUAAAACACAAGAGAAUGCAAAACUGCAGUCUGCUUUACAAGAAAUGCAAAUCCAGUUCAAAGAAACUAAAGAAAUCCUCAUAAAGGAACGUGAGGCUGCCAAAAAGGCGAAAGAGAUUGUCCCUGUUAUACAGGAGGUUCCUGUAGUUGAUCACGAAAUGUUGGAUAAGCUUAAAACAGAAAAUGAGAAACUAAAGGCUCUGGUUGGUUCAUUGGAACAAAAAAUUGAUGAAACAGAGAAAAAGUUUGAAGAGACUACCAAAAUAAGCGAAGAAAGAUUGAAGCAAGCUCUGGAGGCAGAGUCAAGAAUAGUCGAACUGAAGACUGCUAUGUAUAGGCUGGAAGAAAAAUUUUCUGACAUGGAAAAUGAGAACCAAAUUCUUAGGCAAAAAUCUUUGCUUCAGACACCGGUAAAGAAGACUUCAGAACGGCCACCUAUUCCAGCAACUCAGAGUGCAGAAAAUGGUCACCAUGUGAAUGAAGAGCACAAAGCAAAAGAACCACAGAGUGCAACACCUGUAAAGGUGUUUGGCUCGGAUUCAGAUAGCAAGUUGAGAAGAUCUCACAUUGAACGUCAACAUGAGAAUAUUGAUGCUCUUAUCAACUGUGUUACAAAUAACAUUGGGUUUAGUCACGGAAAGCCUGUUGCAGCAUUUACCAUAUACAAAUGUCUUCUCCACUGGAAAUCCUUUGAAGCAGAAAGGACCAGUGUGUUUGAUCGUCUAAUUCAAAUGAUUGGUUCUGCAAUUGAGAAUGAAGAUAACAAUGAUCAUAUGGCUUACUGGUUAUCAAAUACAUCAACUUUAUUGUUUUUGCUGCAAAGAAGUCUGAAGGCAGCUAAUGCUAGUGGUACAACUCCAAAUAGGAAGCCAUCCUCUGCGACAUCCUUGUUUGGGAGGAUGACCAUGGGUUUUCGUUCUUCAUCCUCCUCUUCCAACCUUGCUGCUUCUCUAUCAGUAGUGCGCCAAGUAGAGGCUAAAUACCCAGCCUUGCUUUUCAAGCAACAGCUUGCUGCAUUUGUUGAGAAAAUUUAUGGAAUUAUUCGAGACAACUUGAAGAAGGAAUUAUCGUCUUUGCUUUCAUUAUGCAUCCAGGCACCUAGAACAUCUAAGGGAGGUGUACUAAGAUCUGGGCGUUCCUUUGGUAAAGAUUCUCCUGCAAGUCAUUGGCAGAACAUAAUUGAUAGUCUCAACAUUCUUCUCAGCACGUUGAAACAAAAUUUUGUGCCUCCAGUUCUUAUCCAGAAGAUUUUUACUCAAACGUUCUCAUACAUCAACGUACAAUUAUUCAACAGUCUUCUUUUGCGACGUGAGUGUUGUACAUUUAGCAAUGGUGAGUAUGUGAAAGCGGGAUUGGCUGAGCUAGAGCUAUGGUGUUGUCAAGCAAAAGAGGAGUAUGCUGGUGCAUCUUGGGAUGAACUAAAGCACAUAAGACAAGCUGUCGGGUUUUUGGUUAUACAUCAAAAGUAUAGAAUAUCCUAUGAUGAAAUCACUAAUGAUCUAUGCCCGAUCCUGAGCGUGCAACAGCUGUACCGAAUCUGUACAUUAUACUGGGAUGACAACUAUAACACCCGAAGCGUGUCUCCUGGUGUCAUUUCGAGCAUGAGGGUGCUUAUGAUAGAAGACUCCAAUGAUGCUGCUAGCAGUUCCUUUUUGUUGGAUGACAAUUCUGGAAUCCCAUUCUCUAUUGAAGACCUGUCUAAUUCACUGCAAGAGAAAGAUUUUAUGGAUGUUGAACCAGCAGAGGAAUUAAUUGGGAAUCCAGCCUUCCAGUUUUUACAAGAGUGAGGCUAUGUAAGCUCAAGCUUCUCAUCCUUUUUGUCUGAAGUAGGGAAGCUAUUAAAUCAAUCUCUGGUCAGAGAUAUCAGGCUUGUAAAGUUCCAUCUUUUUUUUUCCAUAUUCUUUUCUUCAUCCCUGCCAGGUAAAAUCUUUCAUUAAUUUAUUUCUUUUUUUUGAAAUUUAAAUCUGUAAAAUCCAUCCAUGUGAAGGGCAAAGGUGAUAUCUUUGUGGGUUUUUUCUUCUUUAGUGAUACCAAUAUUUGUUUUAUUAUUAUUAUUUUUUUUGACAUUUUGCCCUUUUUGCCAUAAUGGGCAGCAAAUUCUAUAGGAAAAAAUGCAGUGUCAUUUUUGUUGAUUGGUGAUGUGGUUGAAGCAUUGCUUCUCCACUCAAUUUUUAUUGUAUAAAGAAACAACACAUUUGAACAUUAAUACACAGUAAUGAGAAGCAUAUGAGAAUGUUUUAUUUUUCA